CGCGGGUCCCGCCGGGCAAGGGAGGCCUCGGCCUGACGCCGGCCACGCAGCGGCGGGAGAGCGAGCACCGGGGCGGCGUCCUGGAGACCCCCGAGAGAUGGAAGCGGCGGCGGCGCCGGCGGCGGCCGAGGAGGCGGGGUGCGAGGAGCUAGAUAUGGAUGUAAUGAGACCCUUGAUAAAUGAGCAGAAUUUUGAUGGGACAUCAGAUGAAGAACAUGAGCAAGAGCUUCUGCCUGUUCAGAAACAUUACCAACUUGAUGAUCAAGAGGGUAUUUCAUUUGUACAAACUCUUAUGCAUCUCCUUAAAGGAAAUAUUGGAACUGGCCUUUUAGGACUUCCGUUGGCAAUAAAAAAUGCAGGCAUAGUGCUUGGACCAAUCAGCCUUGUGUUUAUAGGAAUUAUUUCUGUUCACUGUAUGCACAUAUUGGUACGUUGCAGUCACUUUCUAUGUCAGAGGUAUAAAAAAUCAACCUUAGGUUAUAGUGACACUGUGAGUUUUGCUCUGGAAGUAAGUCCUUGGAGUUGUCUUCAGAAGCAAGCAGCAUGGGGACGGACUGUGGUUGAUUUUUUUCUUGUGAUAACACAGCUGGGAUUCUGUAGUGUUUAUAUUGUCUUCUUAGCUGAAAAUGUGAAACAAGUUCAUGAAGGAUUCCUGGAGAGUAAAGUAUUUAUGUCGAAUAAUACCAAUUCAUCGAAUCCAUGUGAGAGAAGAAGUGUUGACCUAAGGAUAUAUAUGCUUUGUUUUCUUCCAUUUAUAAUUCUUUUGGUCUUCAUUCGUGAGCUAAAGAAUCUAUUUGUACUUUCAUUCCUUGCCAACAUCUCCAUGGCUGUUAGUCUUGUGAUAAUUUACCAAUAUGUUGUUAGGAACAUGCCAGAUCCCCACAACCUUCCAAUAGUGGCUGGUUGGAAGAAAUACCCACUCUUUUUUGGUACUGCCGUAUUUGCUUUUGAAGGCAUAGGAGUGGUCCUUCCACUGGAAAACCAAAUGAAAGAAUCAAAACGCUUCCCCCAAGCCCUGAAUAUUGGCAUGGGAAUUGUUACGACUUUGUAUGUAACAUUAGCUACUUUAGGAUAUAUGUGUUUCCGUGAUGAAAUCAAAGGGAGCAUAACUUUAAAUCUUCCCCAAGAUAUAUGGUUAUAUCAAUCAGUGAAAAUUCUGUAUUCCUUUGGCAUUUUUGUGACAUAUUCAAUUCAGUUCUAUGUUCCAGCAGAAAUCAUUCUCCCUGCAGUUACAUCCAAAUUUCAUGCUAAAUGGAGGCAAAUCUGUGAAUUUGGGAUAAGGUCCUUCUUGGUUAGUAUUACUUGUGCUGGAGCGAUUCUUAUUCCUCGUUUAGACAUCGUGAUUUCCUUUGUUGGAGCUGUGAGCAGCAGCACAUUGGCCCUGAUUCUGCCUCCUUUGGUUGAAAUUCUUACAUUUUCUAAGGAACAUUACAAUAUAUGGAUGAUCCUGAAAAAUAUUUCUAUAGCAUUCACUGGAGUUGUUGGUUUCUUGUUAGGUACAUAUGUAACUGUUGAAGAAAUUAUUUAUCCUACUGCCAAAGUUGCAGCUGGCACUCCACAAAGUCCCUCUCUAAAUUUGAAUUCAACAUGCUUAACAUCUGGUUUGAAAUAGUAGAAGUAACAUUAUGAGCCUUCUGCUUUUGUCUUAAUUCUAAAAAUGAUUAAAAUAAGAACUAGUAAAAUGCAUCAUCAUAUGCUUAAAAAUAGUACUAAACUCUGUUUUCUUUUGGCACAAUGUUAGUAUUUUGGCAGUAAUUGUAAUUCUUUACCAGUAGUGGUAAACUGUGACAGAUCCUUGGUUUUAAGAGUUAGCAAUAAUUUCAGAAAAUUAAGUUUUGAAAAUUGAAA